AUUAUUAAAUCUCAACGGCGGAUAUCAGUUCCCUAAAAAUCUAAAUUUAUUUCCACCGCUCGGCCCUUGAAGAAGAAAAGAGGAGGAAGUAGAAGGUAGGGCGAGAAGCAAAAUCUGAGCAUGGAAGAAUUUGAGAAGAAGGUCUCACUAAGAGACCCAAUGGAAGAAGAAGAAGAAGAAAGGGAGAAGGCAGGAAAGUGCUCGUCGAAAACCAUCGAUUUGCUGCGCGAGUUCCUCGGAAUUCAGCAGCGGAGGGCGGAAGCAUACGCGAAGUUGAAAAGAGGGUUUGGGGAGUAUAUGGUGUCGUGUUCAGGGGCACAUGGGGAGUUGGCCUACCAACAAGUUUGCAGUGAGGUGACGCUGGAAUUCAACGAGUGCUCAAAGCACGUGCUUCGUAUUGAAUCGCUCUUUCUCAACGAUCCCGAUUAUGGCCGAGUUGAUUUGGCCCAUCUCCUCAGAGCUGUCCAAACCCAGGAGAAGCAAAAAUUGAAUUUGACGGCUACAAUUCAGGUGCUGAAGAAGGCUGGUAGACCCUCGGAGCGUCUGGUGAGUCAUGAAAACUGCAGAUUUAAGAAACCAAUGGAGCAUGAGUGUGUGCAUCUCCAUGAGAUAACAGAAGCUGCUGGAACUGAAGAGGCAGAAGCAGAUGCCCAGUAUGAUAAUGAUCUCAAGGAAGCCAUUAGAGGGGUGCAGGAUGCUGUGACCGCUAUAAAUGAGCAUUUGGAAGAAGUCAGAUAUGAAAUUGCUGCCCUUGAAGCUGAGUAAACUCACAUGUUUCAUUAGGUACGCAUUUCUCGGUUUUGAGAACUAAAACUGUGAACAAGGAAUGCACAAUGCUCAGAUUUUUGCAUAAUGUUAUCUUUAAAUUUAUACAACAUCCACAUGCUAUGCAUGUGAAAUAUGAUGCAGCUUCCUCUGACUAGGAAUGCAAUGGAGGUUAUAGAAGUUGGAAAAAUGUGUGGUAUGUGGCAUGAAAGUAAAUAGAUUGAAGUGGGGCAAUGUAAUUACCCUACCCUGAUUCAAAUUGAAAUAUAUAUAUUUUAAAAGUGUGUAAAUAGUGAGAAUAGAUUGAUAAUUUUUGAGUUGUCUUCUUAAUAUAGAUGUUUGCUCUGUGACA